UGAAAGCCUUAAGGCAAGAAGGCCUUUAUGCUAACCUUAAGAAAUGUGUAUUCUGCACUGAUCAAUUGGUAUUUUUAGGCUUUGUUGUGAGUUCACAGGGACUGAAGGUUGAUGAAGAGAAGAUCAAGGCGAUACAAGACUGGCCGACUCCAACCACGAUCGGACAUAUCCGCAGCUUCCAUGGACUGGCCAGUUUCUAUCGACGAUUUGUGAAGGACUUCAGUACCAUUGCCGCCCCAAUGACCUCCGUGAUCAAGAAAAUGUAACCUUUGCUUGGGGCCCUGCCCAAGAGGAGUCUUUCAACAGGCUUAAAUAUAGCUUGACACAUGCACCGGUUCUAACUCUUCCUAACUUUGAUAAACUUUUGAGAUUGAGUGUGAUGCUUCAGGGACAGGAAUAGGAGCCGUGCUGACCCAAGGAGGACGGCCAGUGGCCUUUUCAGUGAGAAAUUGAGUGGAGCCGCCCUCAAUUACCCCACCUAUGAUAAAGAGCUAUAUGCUCUAGUAAGGUCGCUUGAAACUUGGCAACAUUAUCUUUUGUCUAAAGAGUUUAUUAUUCAUACAGAUCAUGAGACUCUUAAGCAUUUGAGGGGCCAGACCACACUUAGAAGAGGCAUGCUAGGUGGCUGGAGUUCGUGGAAACCUUUCCUUAUGUGAUCAAGUACAAGAAGGGAAAGGACAACAUAGUGGCCGACGCCCUAUCCGGCGCCACACACUCAUUACCACCAUGGAGGCUAAGAUCAUGGGUUUUGAGCAACUCAAAAUAUCUUAUGAAACUGACCCUGAUUUUUCUGAGCUUUACAGUAACACGGCUAAGGGAGCCAUGGGUCCAUUUUAUCAGCAGGACGGAUUCCUCUUCAAGGAGAAACGCCUGUGUAUCCCUCAUGGUUCCAUGCGAGAUUUACUGACCAGAGAAGCUCAUGGGGGUGGAUUGAUGGGGCAUUUCGGUCGGGACAAAACUCUGAGUGUCCUGUCCGACCACUUCUAUUGGCCCCGGAUGAGGCGCUACGUCGAGAGCCUUUGCUCCAAGUGCACUGUCUGUCUCAAAACCAAAUCCAGGUCGCAUCCUUAUGGUUUACACAUGCCUUUACCUAUUCCUAUUGCACCGUGGGUCGAUCUGUCUAUGGACUUUGUGCUGGGCUUGCCCAAGAUAGAACACAAGGAUUCUAUUUUUGUUGUAGUGGACAGGUUCUCCAAGAUGGCACACUUCAUUCCGUGUUCCAAAACAAUGACGCAAGCCAAACCGCUGAUCUCUUCUUCAAGGAAGUGGUGCGUUUACAUGGAGUGCCUCGUACCAUCGUGUCCGACCGAGACACAAAAUUUCUCAGCCACUUCUGGAGGACAUUGUGGAAAAAGCUUGGAACCAAGCUCCUUUUCUCGACCACUUGCCAUCCACAGACUGAUGGACAGACCGAGAUCGUGUACGGCUUUAGACCAGAGACGCCCAUGGACCUAGCCGCAUUGCCCCCAGCCAUGCAAGUCAGCCAGAGUGGUGACAAAAAGGCUGAGUUUGUAAAGAACAUGCACCGGCAAGUCAAGGAGACUUUGGAGAAGAAGGCUGAAAGGAACCGGAUUAAGCUCAACAAGGGGCGCACAGAAGUUAUCUUCCAGCCAGGCGACUGGGUGUGGCUCCACAUGAGGCCAGAACGGUUUCCGGAAGAGAGGAAGAGCAAAUUAUCCCCACGGGGAGAUGGACCAUUCCGAGUGCUCGAUCGGAUCAAUGACAAUGCCUACCGGCUAGAACUGCCAGGUGAGUUUCAAGUUUCCCGAACGUUCAAUGUAUCUGAUUUGUCUCCUUAUAUUGCAGAUGAUGGAGAUGUUCUGAGGACAGAACCUGUUCAAGAGGGAGGGGAUGUUGUAGUACCCACGACUGAGGUUCCCAUUAUCCGCAAAGGCCCUACCACAAGGUCCGGUUCAAGAGUUAUAAGAGCUGGAUUUGCCAAAGCUGUCCAGGAGUUGCUUGCACAGGAACAAACCGGGUUCAAGCAACUAUUGAUCCAGGAGUUGUCUGACUUGAAGCUGGAAGACACCGGUGAACCACUAGAGGUUCCAGACCCUGUCCAUUCGAGCCAGUUCUCCUCCAUCGGCCAGAAUGAAGCCGGCCUGACCAUUUCCACCUUCAUACUCAAUCCAUCCAACCAACUUGCUUCCGGUUCAGAGAUAUAGCCGACCAUCAGAAGGAGUAGUAUGUGUUGUACUCUUUUUCCUUAUCGAGGUUUUGUCCCACUGGGUUUUCCCGAAAGGUUUUAAUGAGGCAACAAGCAAGCAUACUAUGAGUUCUGAUCCGGACAUCUCAAACCGCGACCGGUCUAUUGUUUUCUUUAUUUUAUUUCGGUUAAGACUUUGGCCAUUUGUCUAGGCCUUUUUAAUCUUUAAGUCCAGUAAGGAACAUCUAUUUAAACCCUUGUAGCUGCCAACUUUUCGGCUAAGUCUUUUAUGAAAAAUCGUUUUUGCUUUA